AUGGGACUUUCUCUGGCUGCAUCCUUUGUCUUCCUGCCGCCUGACAUAACAGACGCGGAGACGAAGCAGGAAUCCGACUACCUCGUUUGGGACGAGCAACCGGCUAAAUUUCCAGGGGGAGGGGUCCGAAGACCGUUCCUUUGGUUGCCGGCGCCGCGGGAUGCCAAAACGCAGAGGACUUUGAUCUUCUUCCAUGGCAAUGCCGAGGACACCUGGACGCUUGGGCUUCUCCUGUUACCUGCUUUGGCCGUUGGAUUGGCCGUGAGCAGGCAGUCAAAGCUGGUGGCCGCUUUCGCCCAGCUAAAUGACUUGCAGGAGCGAGGAGAUCGACAGCAGGCUUUGGCCAAGAAGGUCAUCGAAGUGGACAAGCAAUGGUUCAUGAUCGGUGUGGCUAACAUGGUGCUCAGCGCAUACAUCGUUGGAGCCUUUCCGGUGCUGUACUUUCUCUUCUUCACUCCGAAAGUGCUGUCUCUCAUCGUCCUACGGCUGGUCAAGUUCUAUCGCAAGAAGCAGCAUUUUCUCCUCUGGGACUUCUGCUACUGGGCAAACUUCCUCUGCAUCUUUUACUGCUGGGUGAUGCCGAAGUCGCCUCGUGUUUUCCGCGUGGUGUUUAUGUGUGCCAAUGGGCCGCUGGCCUGGAGCGUGUUGGCGUUCAACCACGCCAUGGUGUUCCACUCCUACGCCCAUAUGACGUCUGUGGUGGUGCACGUCUCGCCCCUCCUCCUUUCUUAUGGACUUCGCUGGUAUGCUGCUCCGGUCUCCGAGCAUGGGCUUGGAGCCCGCCACUUUCAAGUCUGUCCGAGCAGCGACAGCUGUAGCGAUAUUUCGGCCUUGCAACUGAUCUGGGAUACGUUGAUCGGGUUCUACUUGUGGUGGCUGGUUUUGUAUUACAUUUGGAUCUUCAUAGCUCUUGGCUCCUACAUCGAGCGACACUCUUACCAAACGCUGUGGGAUCGAAUUCUUGUCAUGAAACCUGUGGGACCUGUUUUGCAGAGCCUACUGCAGAAGUGGCCCAAGUUGCUUGUUCAGCUUGUUUAUCUUCUCAUCCACCUGGCCUUCUCCACGGCGACCAUGCUGGUGGCUGUGGUGUUGUGGCAUUCGCAAAUCGCGCACUUUGCUUUCCUGAUGGCAAUUGUCUUGUCCACGAUUAAGAAUGCGGGAGACUUCUACUUUGACGUGAUCGGCAGCAAGUAUGAAGAAGCUGCCAGCAACACCAAAAUUCCGGUAAGCAAGAAAAUCCUCAGUGCCUCCGGGGCCUUGGCCGAUGAUCUGAUCCUGAUCGAGCCGGAUCUGGUCCAAAUGGCGAAAGCGCUCAAGUGCAACUUCCUGGCCGUGGAGUACCCUGGCUACGGACUCUGCACCCGCAGCAAAGGAUGCGAGGAGAUCAGCUUCGCGGGCGUGGAAGAUGUUGCGCUGCAUGCCCUGGUCUACUGCGUCUCUGUACGUGGCAUCCCGCCUGAGAAGGUUCUGCUUCACGGAAGAUCUCUCGGAAGCGGACCGGUCCUGCGACUGGCCAAGCGCGCUCGCGACCUGAUGCGCUGGCACAUUGGGGGCGUCGUGCUGCAGUGUCCCUUCAUCAGCAUCCGACAGGUCGCAGCAGAUUACGUCGGCCUACCAGGUAGCUACCUGAUCCCGUCAGACUGCUACAACAAUCUGGACGCUCUACAAGAGCUGUGCCAUGAGUCCUUGAACAUGUGGGUGCCAAUUCUGAUACUCCACGGCGAGCUGGACAAGGCUUUGACCCCCAGGGCAUUAUGA